UAUGUCCGCCUCUGUCUUCUAUCACGUCCUCACUAAGACUUUGAAUAGCUGUGACUGACUGUAACAUCAUCGACUAACUCUCAACCGACCAGAGAAGAUGAGCGGACGCGGCAAGGGAGGAAAAGGACUCGGUAAAGGAGGCGCCAAGCGUCACCGUAAAGUUCUCCGUGAUAACAUCCAGGGCAUCACCAAGCCCGCCAUCCGCCGCCUGGCUCGCCGUGGCGGAGUGAAGCGCAUCUCCGGUCUGAUCUACGAGGAGACCCGCGGUGUGUUGAAGGUUUUCCUGGAGAACGUGAUCCGUGACGCCGUCACCUACACCGAGCACGCCAAGAGGAAGACCGUGACCGCCAUGGACGUGGUGUAUGCUCUGAAGAGGCAGGGCCGCACUCUGUACGGCUUCGGAGGAAUGCCUGAGCCCGCGAAGUCUGCGCCCAAGAAGGGCUCCAAGAAAGCCGUGACCAAGACCGCCGCCGGCAAGGGAGGCAAGAAGAGGAGAAAGACCAGGAAGGAGAGCUACGCCAUCUACGUGUACAAGGUGAUGAAGCAGGUUCAUCCCGACACCGGCAUCUCCUCCAAGGCCAUGGGCAUCAUGAACUCCUUUGUGAGCGACAUCUUUGAGCGCAUCGCUGCUGAGGCGUCUCGUCUGGCUCACUACAACAAGCGCUCCACCAUCACGUCCAGGGAGAUUCAGACCGCCGUGCGUCUGCUGCUGCCUGGUGAACUGGCCAAGCACGCUGUGUCCGAGGGCACCAAGGCUGUGACCAAGUACACCAGCUCCAAGGGUCCAGCAGCUUUACUUGGACUUGGCGGCCUUCUCGGUCUUCUUGGGCAGCAGAACAGCCUGGAUGUUGGGCAGCACGCCGCCCUGAGCGAUGGUCACUCCGCCCAGCAGUUUGUUGAGCUCCUCGUCGUUGCGCACGGCCAGCUGCAGGUGGCGGGGGAUGAUGCGGGUCUUCUUGUUGUCGCGGGCGGCGUUUCCAGCCAGCUCCAGGAUCUCAGCGCCUGUGAACACGGCCGACUGGGAACUGGAGCCCGGCACGGGAGGAGCGGGUCUUCGCCUUCGCUCGGGCCUUUCCGCCGGUCUUUCCUCGUCCGCUCAUUGUUCCUGGUCUCAGACAAUGUGGCGCAAAGAGCGCAAACCCCCCGCUUUAUGUCCGCGGAUCGAGCGGGACCAACCAGAGAGGAGGCUCCCAGCAGCGCAGCGUCACCACGUCACAGCGGCCCCGCAGAUAAAGAGCAGAGUGUCGCGGCCCUGCGCUCCACUUUCCUCCUGUUCAGAGAAUCAAGCAGCAACAUGGCGAGGACCAAGCAGACCGCUCGGAAAUCCACUGGAGGCAAAGCUCCCAGGAAGCAGCUCGCCACCAAGGCUGCCCGCAAGAGCGCGCCGGCCACCGGCGGCGUGAAGAAGCCUCACCGCUACAGGCCCGGUACCGUGGCUCUGAGAGAGAUCCGUCGCUACCAGAAGUCCACGGAGCUGCUGAUCCGCAAGCUGCCCUUCCAGCGGCUGGUGCGAGAGAUCGCUCAGGACUUCAAGACCGACCUGCGCUUCCAGAGCUCCGCGGUCAUGGCUCUGCAGGAGGCCAGCGAGGCUUACCUGGUCGGCCUGUUCGAGGACACCAACCUUCUCUUGGUGGUCAAGAUGAGCGGACGCGGCAAGGGAGGAAAAGGACUCGGUAAAGGAGGCGCCAAGCGUCACCGUAAAGUUCUCCGUGAUAACAUCCAGGGCAUCACCAAGCCCGCCAUCCGCCGCCUGGCUCGCCGUGGCGGAGUGAAGCGCAUCUCCGGUCUGAUCUACGAGGAGACCCGCGGUGUGUUGAAGGUUUUCCUGGAGAACGUGAUCCGUGACGCCGUCACCUACACCGAGCACGCCAAGAGGAAGACCGUGACCGCCAUGGACGUGGUGUAUGCUCUGAAGAGGCAGGGCCGCACUCUGUACGGCUUCGGAGGAUAAACCACCAGCACCUGAACGCACCACCACCAACAACACAACGGCUCUUUUAAGAGCCAAACACUCAGUCCCUGAGAGCUCUCAUCCUCUGAUGGACACACGCACACACACGCGCACGCACGCACACAGAUGAUGAUGAUUGGUUGCAGGUCAACACUCACCAAUCGGGAUGAGAUGAACGUUUUAAGUGUGACUAAAAUAAUAAACAUUUAGGAAUGUUGCUCCUUUUCCAUGUGGUAGAAAACAUGUUGAAUCAUUCUUGGCGACUGGUAACUCAUUGUUAUCACACUACACGAUCUUUCACCAGGAGAAACCCCAACUAAAAAAUUCUAAAAUCAUUAUCCUCUGCAGCUCUACCUCUGUCAGACCUACCCAUGAUUAACAGAUUACUGUAUGUAUUUGUGUAUCACUAGUACAUUUGCAGAUUUUAUUAUACCUAAAAAAAAAAAAAAUUAAUGUGUAACUAUAAGACAUUGUUUUAAAAUUGCAAUAAUUAGCUUUUUGGCAUUUGAUGCUGAUACUUGGUUCCCAGUUAAAUACUGGUUGCAGUUUUGCUGUAAUUAAUAGUAUCACAGCUCACAUUUGUCAUAGUAAGGCAUGUAAUAAAAAAUAUUCUAUAUAUUCACGUGCACUGUUCUGCGAGAACCAGAUAGCUUAUGCCCCCCUUACCUUGACCUCCUGCUCCGACCCCUGGCCCCAUUCCAUUACAAUAUAUCCUCUCCCCUCACUCCCAUUAUCACAUGUAUCUUUCCCAUUGUGCCAUAUAUCUUUUUACAGCACUACACUGCUUGUGGGCAGGCCUCCAUCAAUGUGGAAGCUCCUCUUCUUCUUAUCACUAUAAAGCUCCGCUGAGAACAAACCUCGGCGCAACACUUUUUCAGACUGCCCUGAGCACUGUGUGCUCUGUGAAACCUGUUUGCCUUCUGCUCGCAACGGAAUAAAAUACUUAGACAAAAUCCACUUUGUUUUC